AUGGAUAGAAGUUGGAUGCUAAAUAAGAAUAAAUUUAGUUCAGAAUAUAUUCAAGGGGUGCGUAGUUUCUUAGAUGUUGCAAAACAAAAUGUUGACUCCAAUGGUAGGAUUCGAUGUCCAUGCAAAAAUUGUAACAAUUGUUACUUGAAAAAAGUGGCAGAGGUGAAACAAGACUUGUUUCUUCAUGGGUUUGCUGAGGAUUAUACUCAGUGGACACAUCAUGGUGAGUCUUUUGAAUCAGAUGUUGGUAUUCAUUUGGGUGAUUCACAUGAUGAUGAUAAUCUUAGUGAUCAAGUUGAAGAUCAACAUGACAAUACUUUUGAAAUGUUAAAAGACAUGUGCAAUUCUAAUUUCACAGAAUUUAGUGGUGAACGACCCUCGAGCAAUCAUGAAACAACCUCAUCUGAAAAGGAAGUAGAGAAAUUUGCUAGAUUGUUGAAUGAUGCUCAAUGCGAACUAUACCCAAGUUGUAAGAAGUAUUCCAAAUUGUCAUUUCUUAUCAAGAUGAUUUAUAACAAAACAAUUACUAAUUCUAGUAAUAAGUCCUUCAGUAUGAACUUAGAGUUAUUCAAGGAUGCUCUCCCAGAAGGUGAAACACUUCCCAAAUCUUAUUAUGAGGUGAAAAAAUUGAUGCAUGAUCUUGGCCUUGGUUAUAUCACCAUAGAUGCAUGUGUGAAUGAUUGCAUACUAUAUUGGAAGGAGUAUGAGCAUUUAGAUACAUGCCUUAAUCCGAUGUGCAGAGCCCCUCGAUGGAAGCAUGGUUUGGGUAAAUGUAAGAAGAUUGCUCAAAAGGUAGUUAGAUAUUUUCCUUUGAAACCUAGACUUCAAAGAUUAUUUAUGUCGAAGGAAAUUGCUAAGGAUAUGAGGUGGCAUAAAGAAAAGCGGGUAAAUGAUGAUGUUAUUAGGCAUCCAGCUGAUGCUGAGGCAUGGAAAGAGUUUGAUAAGGAAAAUGAUUGGUUUGCUCGAGAUCCUCGCAAUGUGCGACUUGGGCUUGCAAGUGAUGGAUUCAACCCAUUUGGCAAUAUGAGCACCAGUUAUAGUAUGUGGCCGGUCAUUCUACUUCCUUACAAUUUGCCACCUUGGAAAUGUAUGAAGGAGCCAUUUUUAUUUUUAUCCAUGCUUAUACCAGGUAAGGAUUCUCCUGGUAAUGAUAUUGAUGUUUAUUUACGACCAUUAAUAGAUGAACUAAAAGAAUUAUGGGAAAAUGGUGUGGAGACAUUUGAUUCAUAUAGUAAUGAAAAUUUUCAAUUACAUGCUGCAUUGUUAUGGACUAUAAAUGAUUUUCCUGCUUAUGGAAUGUUAUCUGGGUGGAGUACAAAGGGAAAAUUAGCAUGUCCAGUUUGCAACAAAUGGACAUAUUCACUUACUUUAAAGAAUGGGCAGAAGCAAUGUUAUAUGGGUCAUCGUAGAUAUUUGGAUAAACAACAUCCAUUGAGGAAAAGUAAAAAGUUUAAUGGUAAGAUAGAGUAUCAAGAAAAACCCAAAGAAUUAUCAGGAGACGACAUACUUAUCCAAACAUCUUAUAUUCCACAAGAUGUGAAAUUUGGAAAGCCAUGUAAUAAAAGGAAGCGUAAGCGUACAGAACAAGAGCUGAAUUGGACUAAAAGGAGUAUAUUUUUUGAACUUCCUUAUUGGAAAACAUUGAAGUUACGCCACAAUCUGGAUGUGAUGCACAUUGAGAAAAAUAUAAGUGAAACCAUUAUAGGGACGUUGUUGGCAAUAGAUGGGAAAACAAAAGACAAUGUCAAGACUCGUUUGGAUUUGGAAGAAAUGGGUAUAAGAAAAGAAUUGCACUUGCAAAGAGAUGGUGACAGGAUUUUAAUGCCAUUAGCAUGUUACACUUUACCAUUAUCAGAAAGGAAGAAGUUUUGUGAAUGGUUAAAAUUAAUUAAGUUACCUGAUGGUUAUGCCUCUAACUUGUCUCGAUGCGUAAAUGUUGAUGAUUGUAGAUUAUCAGGAAUGAAAAGCCAUGACUAUCAUGUAUUUUUACAAUGA